AUGCUUUACCCAUCAGGGAAAAAGACUAGCUAUCAUUUAUGGCUGCUAGUGCUAAUCUCGUGGAAUGUUCUGACUGAGACUGCAGGUCAGAAACCACCACAGGGUUUUAGGUAUGCCUCUUAUGAGGUGACCAUCCCAAGGAAACUGACCCCCAGAUAUGGACAACAAGAACCCGAUGUCACCUACCUGUUGCAGAUUGAUGGGAAGGGCCAUGUGGUGCAUCUCAAACAGAAGAAAGGCUUUGUCUCUAAACACUUCCCUGUCUUCACUUACAGUAAGGAGGGGGACCUCCAGGUGGACUAUCCUUUCAUCAGAGAUGACUGUUUCUACCGUGGCUUUAUACAGGGCAAGCCUUUCUCUCUGGUCACUCUCAGCACUUGCUCAGGGGGACUCAGGGGUCUGCUGCGAUUAGAAAAUCAGACCUAUGAAAUUGUGCCUGUGCAGGCAUCUGCUACUUCCCAACAUGUGGUGUAUAGGCUGGAAGAAAAGGGAGGUGCUGUCCGCAUGAACUGUGGGCUAACAGAGGAAGAGCAAAGUCGUCAAGUGGCCAUGAUCCAGAAAUCAGACAAUAUAGUGGCUAAGGAUGCUCGGACAGGAGACUGGUGGACGCACACCCGGUAUGCAGAGGUUGCAAUUGUAGUGGAUUAUGAACGAUAUGACAGAAUUGAUAGAAAUGAAACUGUUGCUGCCAUGAAUGUUCUGGAUGUCAUCCAUGUUGCAAAUUCAUUAUAUGAGCCACUUAGUGUCCUUGUAACUUUAGCUGGAUUAGAGAUUUGGACAGAAAAGAACCUCAUUGUUAUUGAUAACAACAUCAAUACCCUGCUUUCCACUUUCAAUGAUUGGAGAACAAACACCCUGAAUAAACAUCUAAAGAAUGAUGCUGGUCACUUAUUUGUAUAUAAGAGUUUUGGACGUACGCGUGGGUUAGCAUACUUAGGAACAAUCUGUCGUACUGAUCGGGCAUCCGGUGUUGAAUCGUAUGUGGGUUAUAGCUUGUCUGAUUUUUCAAACACAUUUGUCCAUGAAUUAGGGCAUAAUCUUGGCAUGCAACAUGAUGGAAAAUACUGUACUUGUGAACGACAUGCCUGCAUUAUGGCUGCAUCUCAGGCAAACACUGAUAAGUUUAGCAAUUGCAGUUAUAAUGAUUAUUUUGAGCUAAGGAACAGUCCAUGUUUGCUAAUUCCACCACACCCUGAUAAAAUGUAUAAACUCAAGCGGUGUGGCAAUAAAGUAGUGGAAGAUGGAGAGCAAUGUGACUGUGGCUCACCAGAUCAAUGUAAGUCGGACACAUGUUGCCAGUCUAAUUGCAUGUUGCGUCCAGCUGCCAUGUGUGCUUUUGGACAGUGCUGUGCUAAGUGUCAAUAUGUUCCAGCUCAAUCUGUUUGCAGACAACAAAUUAGCAUCUGUGAUCUUCCUGAGUACUGCAAUGGGACUUCAGAGUGGUGUCCCGAAGAUGUUUAUGUACAAGAUGGUGCCCCAUGCAGUGAUGGUGCAUACUGUUAUCAUGGGAAUUGCACGACACACAAUGGGCAGUGCAAAAUGAUCUUUGGUAAGAAAGCAACAGUUGCUUCAAAGGCUUGCUUUAUGGAAGUGAAUGGUCGAGGUGAUCGCUUUGGUAACUGUGGCUUAUAUAAGUUCCAUGUGUCUUAUAAAAAAUGUAAUGCUAAGAAUAUCCUGUGUGGCCGAAUCCAGUGUGACAAUGUUAACGAGUUACCUUCUUUGGAGGAACACAGCACCAUAGUUCAAACAUACUCUGGAAAUAGGCAGUGCUGGGGAACUGACUACCACAGUGGAAUGGAAAUACCUGAUAUUGGAGCAGUGAGAGAUGGUGUUCCUUGUGGCACUGAUAUGAUGUGUAUUGAUGGGCAAUGCAUGAGUGUCUCUCUCUUAAAGUACGAUUGUGAUGUCAGAAAGUGCCAUAAUCGGGGAAUAUGUAACACCCACAGACAUUGUCAUUGUGAUUAUGGCUGGGCCCCUCCAGACUGUGUAAAUGAAGGUUAUGGUGGCAGUAUUGACAGUGGGCCUCCUCCACCAAGCCCGGAUAUUGUCAUUGCAGCAACUUCUGGAGGAAUUGCAUUUGUCAUAACUGCUACAGGUGUUGUUUCCCUGUGUGUGUAUUUCAGAUAUGGACUGAUGCAUCAUUUGAGAAGACUGAGGGCAAGAUUCCGUCCAACUGAAUCAAAACAGGAAGAAAGUCCACAACAGAUCACUGAACUGAACAAUAGCAGAAUAUGUCAGAACCGUACACCAGAAAUAAUGGACAGUAUAAUGCAGAAAUAG